CAAGACUCACGUGACCGUUUCAGUCGUCGAGCCGCCUCGGCCAAACGGGUAUGGGGCCAAAGAAGGGAAAGAAAAAGGAGAAGAAGGGCAAGAAGGGCAAGGAUGGCGACAGCAAGGAGGACGACUUGUCGAGGGAAGUGGAGGCUGAGCGUCAGGAGCUGAUCAAGGAAGCCAAGCGACUCGCGGAACGGUCCAAAAAAGAGGAGGAAGCGUUCAACGAGUUCCAGCAGCAGCGCGAAAAGAUCAACUACUUUUGGAUCGUGGAGAAGAAAAACUUGGAGGACAAGAAGGCCGAGCUGCGCAACAAGGAGCGCGAGCGGCAGGACUUGGAGGAAAAGCACCAAGUCGAGAUCAAAGUAUACAAACAGCGGGUCAAACACUUGUUGUACGAGCACCAGAACGAAAUCUCGUCGUUGAAAAUCGAGUCGGAAACGGCGCUCAAGAUUGGCCAAGACGACCACCGCACCACGGAGCGCGAACUUAAGACGGACAAACGAUCGCUCAAGUUGGACCUGAAAGAGAUGGAGCUGUCCCAUGAAGACUAUUUGAAAACGUUAAAGCAGGAACAAGACAAACGGAUCACAGUGCUGCGACAAGAGUUUGAACGUCAUGCCAAGGAGCUGCAGCAAAAGUUUGAGCGGAAACGCAAGACUUUUCGAGACGACUUGGAGAGCCAGCGGCGGGUGGACACGCUGCGCAUCGAGGAGCGCAAGAACAGCCACAUCGCGCAGCUCAUGUCGGGCCACGAGAAGGCGUUUGGCGAGAUCAAAAACUACUACAACGAUAUCACACACAACAACUUGGACUUGAUCAAGUCCCUCAAAGAAGAGGUGGCUGAGAUGAAGAAGAAGGAAGCGCAGGACGAAAAGCUCAUGUUUGAAAUCUCUCAAGAAAACAAGCGCAUGUCCGAGCCGUUGAAAAAGGCUCUGCAGGACGUGGAGCGACUGCGCAAGAACAUCAAACACUACGACGAAGACAAGGUAGCGCUCAAGUCGGCCAAAGCCGAGCUGCUGGUGCUGGAAGACCAGCUCGGGUCACUUUCGUGGGAGCACGAAGUGCUGACCCAGCGAUUUGGCCAAGUGCAAACUGAAUACCACACGCUGCACGGCCAGUUCCAGACGAGCAUUUACGACGUACAGCAGAAGAACGGGCUCAAGAACUUGCUGCUCGAAAAGAAACUCGAGAGCAUGGGCGAUGUGCUCGAGCAGAAGGACGCGCAGCUGAACGAAGUGCUGGCCCACGCCCAGCUGGACCCGUCGAUCGCCGGCCAGGUGCGGCGCCGGCUCGAGGACAUCAUGGAGGCCAAGAACCAGGAAGUGCGAGACCUGGAGAAGGAGCUCGCUAUCGUGCUGCGACUCCUGACAGACUUCACCAAGGCCGCCGAGGCCAAGCUGGUCGAGUACGGCACGCCCGUGGACGAGCUCGGGUUCAGUCCCAACCUGAACCCCACGCACCUGCCGAAACUCGGGCUCAAGCAGGCAACGACUUUGCAAAGCAGCGCUGUGGGUGGCCAGGCGUCGGCGAUUACAACCAGCGGACGAGGAGGCGGCCACUCCCCGUUUACGCUAUCGCCGUUGAAAUAGUAAGCGACAAUAUGAACUGUGGAGGGUGUUGAAAGUAGGGUGGUGUGAUCAAAGUCACUAACACUGUAAACUAAUGUAGGACAGAUACAAUAGUUGUG